AUGGAACUUAUAGAUCCAUGUCCCCCGCCACUCUGGGGCGGCCAAGGCUUCCUUCCGUUCCAGGGUCGGAUGUCCAACUCCAACCCCGAAACCAACGCCCUAAAGCGAAACCCCACAGUACACACCACACCCACCCAUAUAAUCUUCGUCCGCGGCCCUCUCUCAAACUGGCACCCCAGCACCCCGUUCCGCGGUCAAAGGGCCUUGGACCUCUGUCUUCCGAAGUUGGAUGAAUUAGGAAUCGAGUAUCCAGCGCGAAAUGCCGCCGUUACGCGGCUAAUCGGUUCAUGGGAUUUUACCUGCGGAGAGCAGUGGAUGAUGGGUAUGAAGGCUUGGUUAUUUGAAGGAUUACCCUUUUUCGACUCUGAUAAGGGUAUUUCGGAGGAGGAGUUUACCGAGUUAAGACGCGUCGUGGGGCCUUCUAAGGCACCUAGGGGAGAAAAGGAGAAGGCGAUUUUGGAAUCGAGUGUGAUAAAGGUCUUACGGGCUAGGGAACCGAGGGUACAGAAGGCGAUUGGACGGCGUGUGGAUGGCUUCCGGGAGGAGGUUUGGAGCGUUGCGAGUGAGGCUGUGGUCACGGCGGGCUGUAUUGCUCGCGCGGAGGUGGAUGGGAGCUUGAAGGCUUUGUAUCUUGCUAGUGAGGGCAGGGGUUUUGUGGAGGGGAGUGUGAGGGAUUGUGUUUGGGGGGUUGGGUUAAAGUGGGAUGGGAUCGAGAUUGAGGAUGAGCGGAAUUGGAGGGGGGAGAAUCGGCUGGGAAGGUGCCAUGAUGAGGCGGCGAGGGUUGUGAGGAGGGGUUUGGUUUAGGUCGUGGAGUAUAUGGUUAUCCAUAAGGCUACUAAUGGACUUGGAAUUUUGCGUUACGUCGUUGUUGAUAAUAGGAGGAGCUGAUAUGUGUACGUGUGUUGGUCUGUCUUCUCUAUGGUAUGGCUCAUGGAGAUAAGAAACUAUUCCUGUGCUACUGCGGUCUAACACAAGAGUUCGUAUGUGAACAUCUGAUACACAAUGCUUGCGUUUUUUUCGUGUCUCUGCUGUCACACAGACGUCGACAUUCCCUUUUCGGAUCCAGCGUCCCAGUCCAUGAGGUCUGAAAUGUGUACCGUAGCUAUCUCGCAGAGCAGUAAAGCCCAG